AUGUCCGACCGUACAUUUUCACUCGAAGAUCCGCCUAAUAUUGAAGAAUUGAAUAUAUCAUCGGCAAGUCAAGCAUCGCUUGAAUGCCGUCUUGAACAUAUUCCAUUGUACUCAUGGAUUGAAUCGAAUUUAACAACGCUCCGUAUUAAUCUUGCACGACGUGGUUUAAAUGAACAAGAUAUUAACGAUAAAGAGCAAACAGUAAUUAAUAAUUUAAAGACAUGUUUACAAGAAUUAAAUGAAAGUGAAAUCAAAGAAAAUGAAUUACUUCAAGCACGUAUACGUGCUACGUCAGAUGAGUGCAUUCAUUUAAAUCGACUUCUUAAAUUAGAUUAUAGCACAAAAAAAAUUGAAAAUGAAGAUUUAACAUUAGUCGAACAAUUGAAGCAAGCGAAUGCGCUUCUCGAUAAAAUCAAUCAAGUUUUGAGAAAAAAACUAGAAGAGAUAAAUCAAUCAAGAAUAAAUGAAGAAAAAUUAUGUAAUAAAUUAGACGAAAAACCAAUUGAAUUUGAUAAUGAGGAUCAAAUGCUUUACGACGAAAGACAAGAAAUUCUUGAACAGCAUAUUCAAGAUUUACAGACUUUACAGAACGAUCGUUCGUCAGCUAUUGAACAAGCGCGUAGACAAAUUCAUGAAAUGAAAGUUGAACUUGCCCUUGAUAAUACAUAUAAUCAACCAAGCGAUGAUAAUCAAGUGCUCAAUCUUAUCGAUGGGCCUGUACAUCUAAUUGAAUUAUCGAAAACAAAUGUUCAACGUUUACUUACUAUCACUAAUGAGCUCGAUAGUUUAUAUCAAGCAAAUCGAAUCAAGGCUGAUCAUCUUGUUAAUACACUGCAUGCGCUCUAUGAACGAUUAAAUUUAACUGAGUCAGACAAAUAUAUUAAACUACCACUUGAUCAUCCUCAUCGACCAGCAAAUCUUAUUCUAUUAGAAAACGAAAUCGACCGAUGUAAAGAAUUACGUCGACAAAACAUGCGAACAUAUAUUGAAAACAUUCGAGAUGAAAUUUUUGCUCAAUAUGAAAAAUGUUUCUAUGGCCGUGAACAAAUGGAAAGUUUUCCUCCAUUAUACUCCAAUGAUUUUACUGAAGAAUUACUAGAUGAACAUGAAAAAGAAUUAGAAGAUAUCAAUUUGUACUAUGUGCAUAAUGAACAAUUAUUUGUCAAUCUUGCUAAUUGGCAUGAAGCUUGGGCUGAAUAUCGAGAAUUUCAACGUCAAGCGAGCGAUCCUGAUCGAUUUAAACGUCGAGGUUAUUCAGCUGUACAAGAAGAAAAACAACGUAAACAUUUAGAAUUUUCAUUGAAAAAACUUCAAGAUACUGUUCAACAACUUGGCAAAGACUAUGAACAAGAAUUUGGACAUCUAUUUCUCGUUGAAGGAGUUCCUGUUCAGGAUUUUUUCAAUAACGAAAAAGAAAAUUAUUCUCAAGAAAAAGAACUUGAAAAAGCACGAAAACAACUAGCCCGUGGUCAAACACCAACCAUGUCGCAUGCACAAGCAACUACGAAACGAUUAGAAAUGAGUGCAAAAACUCCAGGACGACAACAAACGAAUCUUGGCAAAGAAGGUGAAAUCAAAAUAUCAACACCAUUUCGACCAGCUAGUGGUAUUCAUAAACGUUAA